AUCGUACAUGAUGCUGCCUACUUGAUCUCUUUCUUUUUCUACAUACUAACCAUACACCAACAACACAGCGAACCAUAAUCACCAUGGAAUCACCACCCAAGAGAAUGACCCGGGCUCGAGCUGCUGCAAAGGCUACUGAUCCCUCAGUCAAGACAACAAAGAUCGUCACAGCUGCUGCGCGGGCAAAGAGUACCGCGACAGCAGGCACAAAAAGCACAGCCGCUAAGAGAAAGACAAGAGCGGACGAGGAAGAGGAGGAGCAACGCGAAGUUGCUGUUGUCAGAAGAACGCGUGGUCGACCAAAGAAGACCGAGGAGCAAGAAUCUGAGGCUGAACCUGUAGCGCCAGCGAAGCCCACAAGAGGCCGUGCAGUCAAGAAGGCGGCUACAGAACCUCCCAAGGGGACUGCUGCACCUGCCAGAGCUACUCGGGGACGGCCUCGGAAGGCUGUUGCUGCUGAACCAGAAGAGUCUGCUCCAGCGCCAGCUCCUGCACCUGCAAAGAAGACAACCACUCGCACUCGCACGACUACCACAACAACUACAACUACAAAAUCAACAACUGCUGCCAAACCCGCUGCCAGAAAGGCUGUCAAGUUCCAAGAGCCCGACAAGGAGAACAUUGAGCCUGCCGUUGAGGCCAAGGAGCCUGCUCGGCCUGGAAUUAGAGGCCGACCAGCCAAGCGUGGAGGAGCAGCUGGAAGUCGAACAACCAGAGCGGCGGUAAGAUUCGCCGAGUCGACAGACAACAAGCCUUUAAGUCCUAAGAAGAUUACCCAGAUACCUGUUUCGAGGGACGAUGAUUCCGAGGACGAACUCGCCGGUGACAUGCCGCCUGUCAAACCCAUGAAGAAGAACCCGAUCAAGCCUCCUACAAGUGCUGCUAAAGCCCAGCCUGAGCCGACCGAAAAAUCUGCCGAGCCAACAAAUACUUCAGACAGCAUCACAAAUCCGCCAGAUCUUGGUGGAAUUAGCCUAUCUCCUGCGAAGAGACUUCCAGCUUCGCCUCUCAAGGAUACAAUGAGGUCACCAGCUCGCCGAAUCGGUCCUGUUGCUCUGCCUGGAUCUACAAUGAAGAAGACCCAGGACGACACCGCCCAAGCUGGAGAAAGUACUUCGUUCAAGAAUUCUCUGCUCAUGUCUGCGGCUAAGCGACCCCAAUCACCCAUCAAAGGAUUGAACUUUGCAACAUCGCUCAAGCCUCAACAGACCCAAUCAACAAUGAAGGCGUCACUUCUUCUUUCACCUGCGAAGCGGGCCAUGCCUGGACUGAAGCCGGUCACAGAGCCGCGACCUAGAGAUGUUGCGGACCUGGGUGAGCCACCAGUCAUGAAGCCUCUGAUUAUGGAUACUCCUAGUCGUGCUCCUUCUACCCGACCUUCAGAUAAGCUCAUGUUGGAGGAACAAGCCGAGCUUGAGUUUGAUGCUGUCGACGACGAUGUCUUCAAUGACCCAAUUGAGAACUUGCAAUUCCCUGGCCGCUUGUCUGCUGUGCUUCCUCGUCAUGCUGAUCCUGCCUUGAAGAAAGAGAUGAGGAUUGUCGAUGAGACUCUUGAAGAGCCUCAGGUGGAAGUCGAGACUGUCGCCGAGGUUGAGGAAGAUGUUGCGACUGAGGCUGAAGCAGUCCCAGAAGCAGCUGAAGAAGCGAAUGAUCUUACCGACCAGGAGGACAGCAUGGUCGUUGAGGAGGAGAAUGCUGAGGCAGAUGACGCACCUGAGGAAUCUGAGUCUAAGAAUUCAACUCCCGCUCAGUCUCCCCAGCAAGAACAAAAUCCCAUGUUCCAGCUCAGGGAGAAGGACUUGGAGCCCUCUCAAGACUCGGAUUCUGAGGAUGAGACUAUGGCUCCCAGGGGUUUAGCACCUACUACCCCAACACCAUUUGUUCGCAAGACACCCAAGACUUCUCGUGCUUCUAUGGGUGGAUUUAGCGCACUCGCUGAUCGACUUGGUUCUUGGAAGGCCAGCACGCCUAUCAAGAUGGCUCCUCUCGGUGGAGAGAAGCUUUCUAACAAGUCAGCUACUCCUCGAUCUGAUGCCUCACCCGCCUCAACUCAUUUCUUCGAAGACGAAAUGACUGUACGUGCAGGUAUGGAGGAACUUCAGGCAGACAGAACUGCCGAAAUUGUUGAGCCCGCUUUUGAUGACAUGGAGGUCACUGAGGAGGAUGUUGAGUUGGCCAACGAGGCUAACGAGAUGUCUCUGAUGGAGCCUGAGGUUCUUGAAGAGGUUGUCAAUACUGAGGCUUUUGACGAUACUCUCUCCGAGGCUAGCCAAGAGUAUGGUGAUGAGAAUGAGGCCCCAGUUGCUAUGGCACCCAUCACACCUGUUCGUCCAGUCAUGAAGACCUUCAACACCACCACAAAGGUUCCUCUGAAGCCUGCAGACGACUCAUCUCCUUCUCCUCUGAAGAAGCGCAGCUUCAGCGCAUCGCGAGUUGCUCCCAAGCGCCCCUCAGGCCCAACCAGGAGUGCGUCUGUCAUCUCUUACUCCUCUACCAAGGGUAGAAAGAGUAUGCCAGCAACCAUUGCCGAGGUCCCGUCUGCCCCCUCAACACCCGCCCCUGUCACACCCUCAAAGUCUGAGCUCUGGUCAUCCUUGGGUACACCCGCUAGAACUCCCCGACGUGAUGUCGACCCUGCUCUACUUCGUGGAGCUGUCGUCUUUGUUGAUGUGUACACCAGCGAGGGAGCUGAUGCCAGCAGCAUCUUCGUGGAGCUGCUCACACAAAUGGGUGCCAAGUGCAUGAAGUCAUGGAGCUGGAACCCCAACGGUUCUGGCAACGAUGUGACAUCCAGUAAGGUUGGAAUCACACACGUUGUCUUCAAGGACGGCAGCAAGCGCACACUGGAGAAGGUCCGUGAGAGCAACGGAAUCGUCCAGUGUGUCGGAGUCAGUUGGGUGCUUGAUUGUGAGCGUGAGAACGACUGGGUUGAGGAAAGUCCCUACAAGAUCGACACUAGCAACGUCCCUCGGGGUGGAGCUCGUCGCCGCAAGAGUAUGGAGCCCAAGGCUUUGGCCAACAUGAACGGCACCCUCGUCAGCAGCCCUACCAAGGGAGGCUCUCGCACAGCUCCCUCUACGCCGAUCAACCGUCGCGAAAGCACACAAUGGAUGUACACCCCUUCGGAUCAAGGAGACGAGGACGAGGAGAUGGAGGAUUUUGAGUAUUCUGAAGCUAUCCUGACCCCUGUUCCCAAGACUCCUGCCCCUGAGGCCAUUGCUCGCUAUGCUGCCAACCUUGUCCCUGAUACUCCAUCUGAUGAUGGUGACGACGACGACGACAUGGGUGACUCCCCUGCUAAGGAUGCUCUCCUUAUGCGAACAUGUCCUCCCAAGGCCAACCCCUUCCGUGAGUUGGGUGCUGGCAUCAUCAGCGAGACCAAGGAUGACAACGUCCUGAUGCGCCUCAUGGCCGCUCGACGUAAGAGUCUUCAGUUUGCCCCCAAGAUUGGUAGCCCUCUGGCUAGAACUUGGCAAUAGAGUAAAGAUGUUGUUGAUACGGUGGAGAUAGAGUAAUUGUGCAUGGAAAGGUUCAGGUCUGGAGUUUAUGGGUCACAUUAGAAUUGCGAACACACGUCAUGGCAUACAAUCACUCGUUUUGACGGGAUGGAAUGGAAUACCACGGGAUGGACAGGACCUUGACUCGGCGUUUGGAGGAUUGACUGAUUAAAGUACACAUAUUGUGUGUUUGACACACUGAUAAUUCCAUCAUGGCGAUUGACAUUAUAUUUCUGGCUCGUUUGAAGGUGGCUGUUGAAAUUGUCAGACACUUGUAUAGGUCUGGAUUGUGUUUGGUAUAUCGUACCUCAUGACAUCUUUUCCAUUCUCUUCCCGAGCUGAUUAUUCGAACCUCAAAGCCAAAUUGUACCCCCUCACGCCUUGAUAAACGCCCUCAUGGCCUUAACAGCAUCACCCUCAUUACUCUUCAACAACUCGGUCGCCUUUGCCUUUGGCAGCUCAAGCUCAUCAACGAGGAGUGCAACAUCGGCAGCGUCGACCUUGACGUUCUUAUGGGAAGCGGCAGUAGUAGAGGUCUUGUUUGCGCCGCCGAGGCUCUUGAUGGCUUUGUUGGCAGCGUCGGCGUCGACGUUUUGUGGUGUCGAGGGUGAGUCUGCGGCGUCGAGGUUCUCGAGAGCGGAGGCUGCUUUGCGGUCCUCGGCGGACUUGGCAGUCUGAGAGGGCGUUUCGUCGGUCAUGAUUGCUGUGAUGUGUAGAAGCGAAGUGGAGGUGAGGGUGCAGAGUAGGUGAAGUUUAGUGGAGAGGGAGCUGUGAAGGUGAAG